AUGCUGAAGUUACCCGUCCUAGUUUCACUCCCUGAUGCGCUCUCAUCUCUCGUUCCUCCAGAUGCAGAGCGAAAGCCCUAUCCAUCAUGGUUCGAACCAGUGUUUUAUCUCAGCUGCGCUGCUGUGCUUCUGCAAACUAGUCGAUUGGUUCGCGUAUCAUGGUACCUGGGCGUUAUGCUGCCACUGGCGACGCAAAUGCUACAGUAUACCAAGGGCAGUCACAUUGAGAACUACAUCGCCGGUCUUACCAUCCCAGCAUCGCUCGUUCGUGUGCUCGACCUUGCACUCUGUCAUGAACCCCAGCGGGAGUUCUGGAAGAUCCGCGGAGGUACAUCAAAGAAGGAAGAUAAAAGCAUGGCUUGGCCACAGGGAGUCUUUGCGAGAGCUCGAUGGGCGUUUGAAUUGCUUGUCUCCUCGCGAGCCAUUGGGUGGAAUAUUCAGGCUAAGAACGUUCCCAAAGUUCCUAAACAGGGCUAUGGGAAAUUUCAUUUCCUUUGCAAGCGUCUCACCGAGUCCAUCAUUUCCUUCCUAAUUGUUGACGGCGUCACCUACUACCGGCGCACAGUCGUAGCACCCAUGGUCCAAUCCCAAACUUUCUGGGACAUUCCCCUAGAAUACCAGAUACUCAUCAGCUGGUUAAGCGGCUAUCAGGUAUACAACCUGCUCAAUAUGCAGUACAACCUAGCAGCAACCGGAACGACAGUCCUGGGAAUCUGUGAGCUAGAUGAUUGGCCACCUCUAUUCGGAAGUUUCCUACCCAGUAAUCUCUGGUCCGUCCGACGCCUCUGGGGCAGUGCUUGGCACCAGAUGAUGCGGAGAGCAUGUAACUUCUCGGGUGGACUUGCGUGUGAUCUGACGCGUGCGAAAAGAGGCACAUUACGGCGCCGAUACAUUGAUCUUUACGCCGCAUUUGGCUUCUCGGCUGUGAUUCAUACUGUCGGCAGUCUUUGUCUCCGCAGUGAGGAGCAUGCGUUCUAUCAGGGUGUGUUCUAUGUUAUGCAGCCAUUUAUGAUCACAUUGGAGGAUUUUGUGAUUUAUCUGGGCAAGUCGGUGGGGAUGCAGCAGAAUCGUCUUACUGGGUACGUUGGAUUUGCUUUUGUUUGUGUGUGGAUUUCCUUUUGCUUCCGUUACAUGGCGGCAGCAGAGACCGCUUGUGGUUGGAACCUGGAAAACCCGUUGCCUUUCAGUGUUGCUGCUCAGUUGCAUCGAUAUUAUCAAGCGUUGCACUGA